UGGCGCGAGCGGAGCGCAGGGGCUGGACCCGGCGCGGAGCGAGCGGAGCCCGGGCGUCCUUUGUGCCGGGCGGUUGCCCCGGGAUGCGUCCGAACUAGCAGCCAGGUCCAGGAUGGGGACCGUGUUUGUCUGGGCCUUGGGCCUUUUGAUGCUUCAGAGACUGUUCUUUGCGGCCGGGGAACAGGGCACACGGGACGCCUCGGAGGCUGCUGAGAAGGGGCUCCGCAUGGAGAAGGUGGGGUCCGGGCCGGUGCGGGCCGCGCUGGCCGAGCUGGUGGCCCUGCCCUGCCUCUUCACCCUGCAGCCCCGGCCAGGCGCCGCCCGGGACGCCCCUCGGAUCAAGUGGACCAAGGUGCGGGCCGCCUCGGGCCAGCGGCAGGACUUGCCCAUCCUGGUGGCCAAGGACAAUGUGGUGCGGGUGGCCAAGGGCUGGCAGGGACGAGUGUCACUGCCCGCCUACCCCCGGCGCCGAGCCAACGCCACGCUGCUGCUGGGGCCGCUGCGGGCCAGCGACUCCGGGCUCUACCGCUGCCAGGUGGUGAGGGGCAUCGAGGACGAGCAGGAUCUGGUGCCCCUGGAGGUGACGGGUCAGUUGGGACCAGGGAGGGGCUGAGGCCGGGAGGGGGAGGCCCUGAGCCUAGAGCCCACCC